AUGCAUGACUUGGAUGGUGGAGCCGAUCCAGAUGAUUGGUUUUUUUAUGUUUCUCCUCGGGCCCUUAGAUUUGUGGACCCCAAGGUUAGAGAUCUGUCCCACAUUAGUCAGUUCUCUACUCGACUCCACGCCCAAAAAGUGGACACAAGGUUGAAAGACUAUUAUGUGGGAUGUCCGUUCACCAAAGAUAAUGUUCUCACGAAACGUUGUCACUUUAUCCCUCGUGCUAAAGGUACUGAGCACCUGCACUCCAUCCUCUGCCAUCGUAUCCUUGCGGGUAGGAAUAUAAAUGAGGAGAACGAGAGUGAGCAAGCGGUGGAGCAGCAAGGGGAGCAAAGACAGGCAGAGGUGAAACAAGAGCAGGCAGAGGGGGAGCAGGCGCAAGCAUUGUUGGGUGAGAAUGGAAAUGACGAGGAAGAAUAUGGGGGACAGGGACAGGAGGUUGCGGAGGAGGAUAUGAACAUAGAGAUUGAUGAUCCGAGGAAUAUGAUCUUCCUCACCCCAACAUUUUGCGAUGCUUUAGACAAAAAGAUGUUGAGAUUUCUUAGGGGCAAAGAGAUGGAGGAUCCUAACAAAUACCUCCUCACCAUUCACCCGUUGAUACCAUUACCAUCAUUCCUAAUCGCGGCUUGGAGCCUCAACCUUUCCCCCUGGCUAUGGGGUCUUGAAUGGCACCAUUGUACCCAACCCCUUAUUCUCGACAUCUCUUACGCCACCACCUUGCUUGCGGCAUGGGGCCCCACAUCUGUCCUAAGGGAUCUUGAGGCAGAGGGAAAAAAGAAGUUCUAUGGUGGUAAGAAGGCCAAGAGAAGCGGGAAUCCGGGUCAUCAGAAAGAGGCUAAGCGGAAGGGAGACAAGAAACAGGAAGAUGAGCAUGCCAAGAGGAGAGAGAGACAUCUGGGAUGUUAUGCUCUUGAUGCCCAAUACCUUGUCGGUACCUCUCCAGAAGCGGUUGAGGAGAGGGAGAGGAGGAGGAAUGCGAGGGCGAUUGAACGGUGGGAGGAAAAGGUUCGGGCAGCAUUGUCAUAA